AUGGGAAACCUCGGGUUCAAAACACCCUUCGACGAAAACAUUAUGAGGGUUGUUACCCCGCGAAAGGUUAAAGUUCCACCCAUUGACGACUACGAUGGGACAACUGAUCCCAUCGAUCACCCAGCCGCCUUCAAAGCGCAAAUGAGCGUACAAACUAGCAGCGAGGCAGCAUGGUCCAAGUUCUUCCCUACCACUCUAAAGGGUUUGGCCUUAACCUGGUUUACCGAGCUACCCUUCGAAAGCAUAUCAAGUUUCACUGCCCUCAAAAAAACUUUCAAACAGAACUUCAUAGCAGGAAGGAGGCAUUGGAAGACCAGUAUCCAUCUCAUGUCGAUCAGACAACGGAGGGAGGAAGACCUAGCCGAGUACAUCAAGAGGUUCAAUGAAGAGUCUCUCAAAGUUUAUGAUCUACAAGAUAGCGUGGCGUUUACCGCGCUCAUGUCUGGACUAUAUCCGUCGAGUAGGUUCAAGCUGAAACUCGCGGAAAGCGAGGCCUCAUCGUUCUCGGAAGCUAUGAACCUAGCCUAG